GAAUGACUCUAGAGAAUCUAAAUUUAAGGACAUCAUCUCUAAAAGUGUGGCGAUCCGUUCAGGACCUCCUGCUGUCUACCAGCAGAGAGGAAAGGAAGAGAAGUUUGGAACUCUGACAAGAAUUACAGUUGGUGAGAAAAAUCCAAAGAAGAAAAAUAAAACCAUCUUACUUGUCGGUGAAACAGGAGCAGGAAAAUCUACUCUGAUCAACACUCUGUUCAACUACAGCAUGGGAGUGAAGUGGGAGGAUCAAAUCUGGUUUCAGAUCGUACAGGAGGAGGAGAAAAGUCAGGGAGAAAGUCAGACAUCUGAUGUAAUCGUGUACGAGAUCUUUGAUUUUGAAGGUAAUAGUCUGCCCUGCUCUCUGACCAUCGUCGAUACUCCUGGAUAUGGAGAUACCGGAGGGUUUAAAUGUGAUGACAUCAUCCGUGAAAGAUUAUUGGACUUGUUUCGAUCAGAUGAUGGAGUUCAUGAAGUUCAUGUGGUGGGUGUGGUGAUGAAGGCGAGUGAUAAUCGACUGAGUGACCGACUGAUGUACAGCUUUGAUUCAGUGAUGUCUCUGUUUGGAAAUGACGUGGAGAAAAACAUUGUAGCUCUUAUCACACACUCAAAUGGAACACGACCAAAAAACGCUCUUAGAGCUCUUAAGGCUGGAAAAUUUAAAUGUGCCAAAAAUGAGAAGAAUCGGCCUGUUUAUUUCUUGUUUAAUAACUGCCAGCAUGAAGA